AUGCAUCAUAUGCAAGAGACUCCAAUACUCGACACUAGUGUUGAACACGAUCAUCCCAUCGAUUCAACCCAUGACCCAACUCAAGGCCGUUCACCCACCGAAGAAAAUCGUCGUACAUCUGCUGGCGAGAUUUUGCUUUCUGAGACAGAUACUGCUUGGCCAAAUACCAUUCCAUCCGCUGGUAGCGAAGGUGCCGAGAGCGAAAGCGCCAGUUCUCCCACUUCGAGUCCUCUAGGCUCCAGAGCCGAAGCUAUCAGACGUAAUAGAAGAGACAGUUCGGACGGCAGUAUUGAUGCGCAUAACGGAAGCUCUGUAGGAACUAUUAAUCUGUUCAACGUGAUUUCGAAGAGCCAGGCUGGCGGCAUUGCCGGGAAUCCGGUUAUUUCUGGUAGGCGCGGCAAAGUUGAUACUGGCAGCUGGAGGAAUAUAAUCAAUUUGAAAAGAGAUAAAAAGAAACAAGAUGAGAAUGGAUGCGAGGGCGGGAAGGUGAGAGAGGGGGAGAAGGGAGAGGGACGCGGGAUGGAGUGA